UUGAUUGAGUAAUAUUCUUUAUGUUCAUAUCGUAUCGGGAUACUUUAAAUUUAUGUAUAUUUCUUUGUAAAAAAUUGGGCUAUAUUUUUACAUAUGUACAUACAUAUGCAUGAUUGUCGAGAGUAUUCUAUGUAUUAUCUCGACGUGUUUACGGUUGAGCGUGUUUAGUCUAGCACAGCAUGUGCCCAGUGACUGCCAAUCCAAAUAUGUGACCAGUGCUAUUUGAUACGCCUUCUACAUUAUCAUUAUUCAAUCUAUAACAUUCUAAUUAAAGUUAAUAUAUUUUUAAGAAUAUCAUAAAUUAAUCACCCAAUUAAUGCUAUAUAACUGCAAAUAAUUUCAGUUUACAGUAAGCUAAAUACCCAAGAAAGUGAUAAAUAACUUAUACCUAUAGAUUACACUAUAACAGUGAUACCUAAUAUAAUAGUAAUUAGUAAUUAGUAAUUAUAAUUAAGUUUCCCAAUCCAAGAUGUAGAAUUUUGGUUAGGUUAGAAAAAUAACGAAUUUUGCAGCCUAUUUAUUAAAAUUUUUUAUACCAGCCUCUAUAGAAUGUAUUAGUAAAAUAUAUAGAAUAUAAAUUAAGGCCACAUCUUGACAAAAUAAUCUUGAAUAACAAAUUCUACAUUGGAAGUGAGUAGUGUGCGCUGUGGGUAACUGCGCAGCAGUUUUAUUACGGGCGACGGGUAGGAGAGUGAGACGACGCACAUUGGUUGUGGUUGUGAAACGCUGUUUGCUAUUGGCUGACAUCCUUGGGUCUUAUCGGAAUCUCCGAUUGCGACAGUGCUGCGUUGCCGGACUACAAUGUCGAUGCAUCAGCAAAAGUAUUAGUUUUCGGAGAAACGUUGAAUUGGAUUUACUAUUAAAGAUUAUCAUACAUAUUUUUAUAUUUUAAGUAAUCAUCUGGACGCGAUUUUUCCUUUAACUUUGCCCCGAAAAUUAACGUCGUAGUGGUAAAAGUGGGGGUAGGAUUAAUACCCGACAACACUGCAAUUGCAUCAUCUCAAGCAACUUCCGUUGGAUGUAGGAUGUGCCAUACAUUCUGCCGCAUUCCACAGUGUUGAGUAAUGAUUUCUUUCGCUUAAAAAUUGGGCGUAAUUCCAUGAUAAACAAGAUAAAUCAAUUUAAGGAUGCUUAUUCGUCCUGAUCAGUUUGCUGCAAUAAGUUAAUAAUCUUUAGAAGAUGGCGCCACAUAUACCGAGGGACUACCACUCCAUUGGUGAUCCUGGGAAAUACUCGUUGAGGACAAUCAAGACCAGUGAAAACUGUUUACCAGCUGUUUCAAGAUUGCACUUAAACACUUCAGAAAUAAGGGGAAAAGAAGAUUUCCUUUUCUGCAUGGGUCUUCAGAAGAGAAGGUCUAAACAUCAAUACACCGCGUUUAAUGGUAACUGCAGCUCGAAAACUGUUAAUAUCCCUGCCGGUGUAAUGUUGCGUGACUGUCGUGUAGUUAUCCUGGGGGCGAGUUGUAACAUAUGCGGGAGGUAUUUCAAGUGUAAAACGGACUUAGAUGUGCAUAUCAAGUUCAGGCAUACGAUUUCUACAGUGAAAAAUAUCACUACCACAUCAACUCAGUGUACAGAAUAUAAUGAAAUAAUUAAAAUAUUUCCUGACUCUUUCAAACCCUCGACUAUUACGGUUAAGGAAAAUGUUGAACUGAAGAUACGGAAAAAGUUACAGUUAACCAUCAGGAUAGGAGAGGAAGUUGUUGUUAAAAUUCCUUUAAAACGCAAACAUCUGAGAAUGAAAGCAAUCGAUGCUACUACUCAAACUGAAUCAUGCAAUAUUGCCGAAUUAAAGGCGAACAAAGAUGGCUAUGAAAAUAGCGUUUCUCAUAUCGAUCCUCUGUUGUUCUGUAAUAGUCCUUAUCAGUGUUGUGACCCAACGCUACGCGUAGCAAACAGUACCAAUCAAUAUCCGGUUAGCAACAAUGUAACGUGCAAGGAUUCAGUAGACAGGGAAAAUAUAGCGUUAAACAGAAGCGCUAUUUUAAACGAUUUAACAGUAGAACCUUAUUUAACGUCGAGUUCGAACUCUAAAGAGAAGGACGAUGAUGUUAUACUCUUAACAAACGAUAUAAAUAGUCUAUCAGGAAAUAUUAAUAAAAAUAAGGAACAAACAGAUAUCAAUGCAGUCGAGGUACUGAUGAUAGACAUUUCCUCUGAAAAACAGUCACAGAAAAUAAUUAAUUCGAUACACGAAGAUGCAGUAGUUCCGGAACUACAUUUAGGAUCUCCGCAACACCAGUCUACACCUCUUCAACAACCAACGUCUCGACAACAAUUAGCGCCCCUUAGCCAACCACCAGUAUUACCUCAGCAGCUAUUAACACAUCUACAACAAUCAACACCUCUUCAACAAUCAUCGAUACCUCAGCAAAUAGUAUCCAAGGAGUCUUCGAGGGAUCUUAGACGAUCAGAACCUACUCAGCAGUCUCUGUCGCCUUCAUCAACACUUAGUCCACAAUCGGCACAUCUUCAACAAUCAUCAACACCUUCGCAACGAACUACUACCCCGUUUGACCAAACACCCGGUAAUGAAAUACAAGAAGUAUUACGGAUCGUCAGAGGAUAUGGUAGCAGUGAAGAUAUCAACCAUGAAUCACCGAAUCGCUUCGAGCAAGAGUUAUUGCUCCGGGACGUUAUCGAAGAGAUGAAAAAGCAAGAGUUGCGCCUAUUAGAAGAGAAGAACGCGAGGAAACGGAAACAGCCUGCUAAAACCAACGGUCUCAACAACGAGUCUUCAAAAAAGAAGAAAACAUCGGUACAAUCAAGUGAGAAAAGUACAAAACCGUCAGAAAAGAAGAAAUGUAUUUCGAAUACAACAGACCGUGUCGCGAAAACACAAAAUCAAAAUGGCGCCUCUGUUGGCGACAUCUUGAAAGAAAAUUUAAUAAACUGUAACGGUAACAUUAACGGCACAAACGAAAUGUUACGUAAAUACGGGAUUUACAUGCACAACGACGAGAUCGAGAUAAAUAAUAAUACGGAGAACAUUCAGGAACUCGAUCGCCAUUUCGUUGCCCCAUGUUCCGCUGGAAUGGAGAACAGGGGCAAUAAACCAAUCGUUAUAGAUCUAGUUAAUGAUGAAUGAUUGAUGACAGAAACAAUACAUUCUACUGAAUAGUGAAUACAGUUCUGUAUGAACAUUGUCGGAUUGUAAGGAAUCGUAUGAAUGGUGGAUAUGUCUCCAGAAUAAUACGAUAGAAAGCGUCGUUUCAAGGUGGACAUGUUUUUGUCCAAAGGGUGUUAUACUAUUGUUAUUUAUAUCAUUGUACUCUAACAAAGGAACACAGAAUAUUCCCAACUCACCGGUUUGAAUAAAAAUUAUGUGAGUUUUUAAAGUGAUAAACUGACAUUCAAGUGAAAACUAAAUCUCCAUUGGCAUGUUAGUUUUUACCAAAAAGUUUUAUCCAAAUCGGUAAAUGAACAUAUAUAUGUAGUAUUUUCUUAUAAGUAAAUAUUGUGAUAUGUUUAAAAAUAGUCUGGACAGUGAAUAGUGUUCUAGUGUUUUGUAUUAUGCUGAUGAUAUACGUUGUUGUUAUAUAUCGUAAAGAGCACAUAAAUAUUAUAUAGUAUUACUGUUGCCAAA